AUGGGAGCCGAUAUUAUCGGUCGUCGGUAUGCAUUCAAUAUUACCUUACUUUUGUGUGCGAUUUUUGCCAUUGCUACUGGAGCUGCUCCGAACUUCGCCUCUGUGUGUGUUCUGAUCGCAUUAAUGGCAUUCGGAGGAGGUGGUAAUUUGAUUUUAGAUACGGCAGUCUACUUAGAGUUUCUGCCUGGUAAGUAUCAAUGGUCGUUGACAUUCAUGGCUGCUUGGUGGGGCAUUGGUCAAAUGGUGGCAAGUCUAGUAGCAUGGCCUUUCAUGGCUAUGUAUUCGUGUCAAAACAAACUUGACUGUACGAAUGCUAAUAAUUCUGGAUGGCGCUAUACGUUCUAUACUUUGGGAGGGCUCGUGGUCAUUUUAUCUAUUCUUCGCAUCGUUGUUAUACGUCUGAAGGAAUCUCCUAAAUGGUUACUUUCUCAAAACAAGGAUGCUGAGGUAGUGAAAGUUAUUCAUGAAAUAGCUCAAGGAGCAGGAAAACAGAGUUCAUUGACUUUGCAACAACUCGAAUCAUUUGGACCAGUACGCCAAGUUAGUGACACCAAACAAUAUCAUCCGAUGGUAGUCAUCAAUCAUAUUCGAGGUCUUUUUCCAAAUCGACGAAUGGGCUUCUCAACGUUUCUUAAUAUUGCUUCAUGGGCUUUGAUCGUAGAACAUGAUAUGCAAUGA